UUAACAGUCUUAGUGACAUGUGUAUCUGUGCCAUUUAAAGCUAUAACUAGGAUAGAGCGGAUGAAAGCGAUGGGCAAGGGCUAAGAUCAAUAUUAGUUGGUUUCCUUUGCCCACGUAAACUAUAACCAUAAUAUCGUCCUUUGCUGUUUUAAGCAUUCGUUAAGUAGGUUAUAUCUGAGUUAGAGGAGGUAGUCAUGCGCUCUGGGGAACGGGUCAUUCUGAGCCCAAGUACGUAGAGUGCUGACGCACCUCUUCUCCUCCAAAUUGAGGGAAAAGAGUCUGAUUUGGUACUAUUUUCUGUCACCAGUUUACAUUACCACAAUGGGAGAUGGGAGUAUGGGGGCAAGAGCCGCCCCAACCAGCGACGCAUCUCCCGGAUACUCUAUGGGUAGAUUUGGAGGGGAAGAGCGUCGGCACGAUGGGACCCUCCCCAGAAGCGGAGUUUGUGGCUGCGCAGGACAUUGCUGUGUCCGCAAAAAUGUUGAAGUUUAGAGAUCCCGAUUCAUUUAGAGCCGGAGAAUUGCAUAGGAAUGUAAAAGAAUGGGAGCGUAUCGCCUCAGAUUCUGCAGCUCACCAACGAGUGUUAAACUGGAUUAAGAAUAAAGUGGACAUAACGGAGUUCAUGGUUCCAUUUAAGGGAAACUUUCAGGGGCGAAUCUAUGAUAGCCCGUACCCGCCUAAGGCGUGUUUCUCAAACGGGAAAGCUUGCAAAGGUCAUGUAGAGUUUAUAACCAAGGAGUUGCGUGCUAGAUUAGCUAAAGGAGCAAUCAGAUUAUGGGGUAAGGUAGGAGAGUGCGAGCCACCACACUUAAUCAUGCCUAUUACGGUAGAGCCAUCUAAGCCAAGGCUCUGUUGCGAUCAGAGGUUUCUCAACUGUUGGAUUAAGGACACGCCGUUUACGUUAGAAACAUUAAGGGAUGUCCCAAGGAUGGUACCUCAAGGUUCUUUUCUGACGUCGGUAGAUGAUAAGAGUGGAUACGACCACCUAUUGGUUACUGAAGAUAGUCAAACGCUGUUGGGAUUCCAGUGGGGGGGAUACAUAUUUGUAUGCUGCUCAAUACCCUUCGGGUUCCGCACGUCGGCGUUCCUGUAUCAGGCUACGGGAAUGGUAGCGACAUCUUAUGUCCGAUCGUUGGGGGUCCCAACCUCACAGUAUAUAGACGACAGGCUAGCUGCGGAAUUGCUAGCCCGGUUGAGGAAUAAGUCGGACAGGGAUAGUCACCUGGAUGCAGCCAACGCCGCCAUUUUUAUCCUCUGCCAAAUCUUAAUCAGGCUAGGAUAUUUCCUAGGGCUGGGCAAGUCGAUUCUCAUUCCCACCCAGAUCAUUAUCCACUUAGGUUAUGGAUGUAACUCGCUACUCCGAGCUUUCUUCUUACCGGUGGACAAGAAGUCUAGAUUCAUAGAGCUUCGGGAGUACAUUCUAGCCCAGGAAACUGUAACUAUCAAAACUAUGCAGAAGUGGGCAGGGAAGUGUGUUUCGUUUCAGCUUGUGGUCCCAGCAGCUAAGCUCUUCGCUAGGGUAGCCCACCGUGCAAUAGCGGAGGCCUUAAGAGCUCAAGGGACAAUCCGGAUCUCUGGAAAGCUAAGGGAGGAAAUCGAGGAAUGGAGGUUCUUAGAUAAAUGGGAGGGCUGCAUGCACUGGCGGGAUGAGAGGCAUGUUAGCGUAACGAUGUCUACCGACGCCUCGGACAACAAGUGGGGAGCGGUGUUGUUGGGGCCUAGGGGCGAAGCUAUCUCCUUUUCAGAUUAUUGGGGUCAGCACGAUAGGGAUUCACAUAUCAAUGUCAAGGAAACUAAGGCUUUAGCACAUGCUAUCAAGGCGGCAAAGAAAUGGCUGGUUAACGCUAGAGUUACUGCUAAGGUGGAUAGCAAAGUGCUACAGGCAGCAUGGGAAAGGGAGGGAGGUAAAUCGCCAGAGUUGAACGAAGCCAUAAAGAGUUUGUUCUGGGUAACGGUCGACACAAAUAUUUCUCUAGCUUUGGAGUAUGUGGAUUCGGCAUCAAAUCCGGCAGAUGCGCCUUCCAGACAGCUGUCCAAACAGGAUGCAAGGCUUAGCCCUAGGUUUUGGCUACAACUGCAGGAGGCUUACGGGGGGGCAAGGGGACACACAAUAGAUUAUAUGUCAUUAGAUUCUAAUGUUCACCUUGGCCGUGAUGGAAGGCCGCUUAGGCAUUACACCCCAUGGCCGACACCCCUGUCAGCAGGGGUCAACUUGUUCUCCCAAAACCCGGCUGUUAAUGUCCUCACGGGCGAGAGAGAAAACGGCUACACGGAGGUCAAACUUUUCUGCACGGCAGCGUUGAAGUGCCAAAAUUGCCGGGAGUUAAACGACUGUGACUUCAGGUUCUGUAAGAAGUGUGCAGCACCGAAAUGUUGGCCCAACGCAGAACGCCAGCACGAUGAUGAGAAUGGUGGAGUAUUAAGUGCCACAAUUGAGCAGCAUCAGACCCGGCUGACAGAAGGAGAAGUUCCAGCCACUCACAGCUCCACGCGACUUGAAGUAGAAGUACAGUAA